AUGACAUUCCGUUACUGCGGUCUUGGAGUUGGCCAUCAGAGCACCUGGGACGCAACUCGUCUCUUUCGUGAUGAUCUCUGCAAAGCAUACAAUCUUCCACGCGAUUUAUUCAGUACAGAGGACUCGGAGGAUGUAGAGAUGGCCUGUUCCGAUGAUAAUAGUGAUGGCGAGGCUGCAGAGGAGGAUGAAGAUGAUGACGAAGACGAAGAUGAGGACAGACCUGGAUCAGAUGAGUUGGAAAUGGUCAAUAUGCCAGAUGAGGAGGCUGAAGCAGAUGGGGACCAGUGCGAAGAUGCUGAAGAAGAGGAUUCAGAUACUGAUGAGGAGGCUGAAGAUGAAGACGUGGUGGAUGCAGAGCUAGACAAUGAUGCUGAGGCAGAACUGGAUGACGUUUGUGACGAUGAUGACAACGAGAUGGGUCUGGAACUAGAUUUGGGCUUUGCUGCAUUGUAA